GACAGCGUUGCCGUGGAGAUUGGCUUCAAUGCUGGCCAUUCCGCUCUCCUGAUGCUCUCCGCCCAUCCCAAGUUGCAGGUGAUUGCCUUUGACCUGUGUGAGCAUGCCUACACGAAGCCCUGCUUCGACAUCUUAGCAGCUGCCUUCCCGGGUCGUCUGCGGCUCGUCCCUGGGAAGUCGCAGCAGACGCUGCCCAAGUGGACGGCUGAGAACUCGGAAAGGGCGGAUUUGGUGCACAUCGAUGGGGACCAUGAUCCCGCCGCUGCCCGCACGGACCUACGGAAUGCGAAGACCGCGGCCAGAUCGGGAGCGUGGGUUGUCUUUGACGACACCUGCUUCUCGCCCUUGAAAGCAGUGUGGACCGAGAUGCUGGAGUCCCAGCUGAUCACUUUGCCAGCGAGGCAAUUCUGCUUGACAAGCCGUCAUGGCAUCGCUAGAUACUCGCAGCAAGCCUGCAAGCAAGAGGAUCUACAUUCGGGGCUUCGCCCAGCGCUUGAGCACCGUGGGCGCAUGCGCCAUAUCCUGGUCAUGGCACCGACAGACCAUGGUCAAGAUAGCCUUCUGGGCUACUUGUCUAGACACCGCUCCUGCACCGGAAAAGCCGUAUCUAAGAAGCUGCUACCGAACACGAAGGAGCGUCAUCAGAGCCAGUGGAUUUCGCUGCCUCUUCGGUUCGAUCCUCCCGAUGACCUGCCCUGCUUGCUGCACCUCGUGGCCCCACAUUUUGGGGACACCCAGCAGAUCACGGACUGUUUUCCACUCGUGGAUGGUCUUUUAGUCGUGGUGGAUUGCGCAGAAGGCUUGACCGACAAUUUCUGCACCACCUUUGGGUCCGCAGUUGCACAUGGAUUGCAGCCGGUCCUGUUUCUGAACAAGCUUGACAAGCUACUGGCCCUGGAGCCUGACAAUGAGCUUUGCUACCAGCGGCUUUGCCUGAUUGUGGACAGGCUGAACGGCGUGAUGGACGGUGUGCCAUCGUUGAAGCCUUUGACCGUGGAGGAUGGUAGCAUCGUAUUUGGACGUGGCUCCCUAAGCGUCGCAGAGUCUAUUGGUGGCUGGGGCUUCACUUUGGAGCAGUUCUUGACGGAGAUGGCGUCUCGAAAAGACUGGAGCCUGGAGCAGGUUGAGAAGUUGCGUCCUCGCCUAUGGGGCGACCAUUUCUACAAUGGGCGCUGGCGGGACUCCGACGGUGAGCGUGGCUUUUGCAAGCUGGUCCUUCAGCAAAUCCGAGGCAUCUACGCCACGUUGGAAGCUCCGGACAACGUGGGCUUAGCCCGCUUGCAGGAGCGUGGCGUCACUCCGAAGGAAGGGCUUACUGGAAAUGCCUGGAAGCAAAGCGCCAUGGAGGCGUGGAUGCCCUUGGCAGACGUCUUGCUGGGAGCUCUCAUUCAGCAUGUGCCGGCACCGCAGGCUCCGCCUUCCAACGCCGUCUUUUACGCAUCGCGAUGCGUUGAGUCGACCGACGGACAGUGCUUCGCCUUUGGCCGUCAGGUUUGCCCGCAGAAACUUCCCGCUGCUCAAAACCUCCCUGAAACCUCGGCUGCUGCUUUGGCCCCGUGGCUCCUCAAUGGACCCGCAGCGGUGGCCUUGUCAUCGGUUAGAGCAGCACACGGGUCACUGAUGGGACUGCCGAUCGACAGACCACCACAGCAGGGAGCGAUGACUGUCAGAUGA